AUGGAGCUGCGGUGUCCGAUCUGCGAGCAAGAAUGCGGGUCUCUCUCAGAACUCAACAGCCACAUCGACACGGCACACGCCACGCCCAAAACGCCGCCGAAACGCACCAUGAAGGUGGACUUGCACGAGAACAGCGCGUCUUUUGGGCUCCGGCCCGACCUGGACGGCGCAGGCGACGGCGACACCGCCGACGACCGUUUGGGCCGCGCGCACUGGAAGCCGCCCAACAAGGGCGCGCGCUGCGCCCAGUGUGCGCGCGCGCUCAGUGUCAAGAGCGGCAUCGUCAACUGCCGGCGGUGCGACGACCUUUUCUGCAACGAGCACCUGCGGCGGCGCGUGCGGCUCGCGCGGGCGACCAACGGGAGCCCGACAAACGGGACCACGACCAACGGGAGCGGGCGGGGCGGGCGCAGCCCGAGCCCAAGAAAGUCCUUCUCUUCAUCCUGGCCCGUCUACGACUCGCGCGGCGUGUGGGCGCGGUGCUGCGAGGCGUGCUUCCAAGGGCGGCCCGGCGCCGCGCCACAGGCGUUUGUGCGCGACGUCUCGGGCGACUUUCUCGCGCGCCGCCGCGCGGCCGCCGAAACCCGCGCGCUCGAAAAGUCCGCCCUCCAGCGCCGCUUCAUCAAACUCGUCGACACGCUCACAGACAAGAAACCGCCGCCACACCAUGCCUUGCCUGACUUGCCCGACUUGCCCGACUGGCAGGCCGACGCCAGCGCGCUGCACUGCCCGCUCUGCCACGUGCGCUUCUCCUUGUUCGUCCGCCGCCACCACUGCCGUCUCUGCGGGCGCGUGGUGAGCGGCGCCGCCUACACGCGCGAGCCGGCGCCCGCGUGCUCGCUCGAAGUGCCCGUCGGGGUGUUUUUGGAGCGCCUUCCGGCGUUGAACUACGCGCCGCAUGUGCGCACGCAGUGGCAGGCGCUCCAGUCGCUGCCGCUUGCGUUCCGGUGCUGCCGCGUGUGCAAGGACUUGCUAGUGCCCAAGGCGCCGCCGGCGGACCAGGACGAGGCGCUUGCCGCGGCGUGCGACGAGCUUGUUGCGCUCAAACGCAGCGUCGAGCGCGACUUGGCGGCGCUGGAGGGUCUGGCGAAGCCUGACUUCCCGGCGGCGCUCGGCGCUCGCACUCGCCUCGUGCGCCAUGUGAAAGACCUCGAGCUCGCCACGGCCAAGUUCCGCCUGCGGUUUUUCCGUGCGGAGAACGGCCGCUUGGUGGCCACGCAGAGCCCCGUCGUGGUCAACAACAUCUACCGCAUGGCCGUGGCGUUCUUGCAAGAGGCGUUGGUGCAGUUGAAGGCGACCGAGGAAAGCGGAAGCGGCCGUGAAAGUGGAAGCAAAAGUGGAAGCAAAAGCGGAAGCAAAAGCGGAAGCAAAAGCGGAAGCAAAAGCGAAUCCAGCGACCCGCCCCGUCUCACGCUUCGCCAGAUCAGAGAGCUUCGUGAGGCGCUCAUGGUCACGAGCGAGCAGCGCUUCUUGGUGCAGAAACAGGUCGAGGAGGCCACGCGCCAGCGGCAUUUCGACGAGCUUGCGCCGCUAGCGGAAAGCAUCCGGGACUUGGACGCACGCAUAGAGCAGUUGGAGACGGAGCUAGGCGAGCAUGCGUUUGCCUAA